UAUCGACCUUUGUCCCGUCUCUACCGCAUAUCCCUCGUGUUCGCCGACUUAUUUUGAAAGAAAAUCCCUGAUUUUCGUCAAUUUGGAGCGAGUAUCCAGGUCUAUCCUUCGAAGAAGUCCUUUUGGGGAGCGAAGAACGUGAUGAGCACCGAAUCGGCGAAACCGGCCCCCAGCCAGGAGGCCAUUGUGGCCCAGUUCCAACAGCUGCGCAAUGACCAGCGCAACUUGGCCAACAGUUUAAAUACGCUCGAAAUGGAUUUGAGGGAACACAAAACUGUGAUAGAAACCUUGGAGGCGGCAGAUCCGGAGCGCAAGUGCUUCCGCCAGAUUGGAGGUGUUUUGUGCGAAAGAACCGUGAAGGAGGUGCUGCCGCUGCUGGUGGAGAAUAAGGACUUCAUUGCCAAGACCAUCCAGUUGGUCACCGAAGACCUAAGCAAAAAGGGCAGCGAGCUGAACAAAUUCAAGGAGGAGCACAACAUUAAAAUCCGUGGCGAGCAACUGGGCGCUGAAGGAGGCCAGGGCGCGGAGUCCGAGAGCAAGGCGGAAAACCGCAAUGUCCUGGUGUCCAACUAGGAGAAAUAAUUACCUCACCACACCGUAUUUAUUGUGUCUAUGUUGAGAGGGUACUUUGCCUGGAUUUGCGAGAUAUGAUCCGCGUUUCUUGAACACUUCUAAUGUUGUAUGUACUUCUAGCUGUAAGGCUCUAAUCGCGACACGCCCUCAAUCAAUUCACCCCAACAAUAUCCAUAAUUUCCCGCAUCUAAACUUAACCCACUCUGGCGACGAAUUAAAAAGAACCGCAAAUUA